AUGCAGCGCGUGGCCGUCUUGUCCCACGUGAAGGCGAGCUCCGUGCCGCCGAGCCUCAAGAGCAGCGGCGUGCGGCGCAUCGCGUGGCAGGGAGGCAAGAUCUCGUCCAACAAGGAGGAAGCGCUGCAGAAGUUCUACCAGCGCAAGCUGCGCGCGGGCGACCACCUCACGGCGCAGCAGAUCGAGGCCAUGCAGGCGACGCUCGGCGUCAAGCUGGACCAGGACCAGGCGCAGAAGAACCCCAAGAAGCAGCACGAGACCCAUCGACAACACGCCAAGGUGACGGCCGGUGCGCACCGCACAGUGCUCAGGACGGGCCGCGUGCUGGGUCCCAAGCUCGACUCGAAGCAGAAGGUGAAGAAGGCGGGCAACGGCGGCGCCAAGCAGCAGGCGGCGCGCCAGCCCAAGACUGUCGCCAAGAUGCCGCAGAAGCGGGCGGAGACCGGCUCGUCCAUCUCGCUGGAGGACAAGCUCGGACUGCCCCUGGAUGCCCUGGUCAGCGGGAAGAACAACAAACGCAGCAGUGGCAAUAUGAAGCGGAGGUGA